AUGUCUCUUGCUGAGCUAAAUGAGUUGAAGGAUCAACUGAAAGACUUACUGGAGAAAGGCUUUAUCAGGCCUAGUGCUUCACAUUGGGGUGCACCAGUGUUAUUUGUGAGAAAGAAUGAUGGCUCACUAAGAAUAUGUAUCGAUUACCAACAGUUGAAUAAGGCGACUAUAAAAAAUAAGUAUCCCCUUAUGAGGAUCAAUGAUUUGUUUGAUCAGUUGCAAGGUGCUAAGUGCUUCACAAAGGUUGAUUUGAGAUCAAGAUAUAAAGGAUUAAGGACAAGGCAAAGACACUACAUUGCAAAAAGAAGCCAAGAAGUUGAAAAAAUAGUGAAAAAGAAGGUUGUUACUCGCAAAGGAGCACUUGGAGAUUCGCCAAAAAACGCAGAAAAAAGGCUAGUCAGAGCUCCAAAUGGCGACUCGCUAACCUGGUAUGCGGGAUCGUUCAAGCUCACCAAAAGAGAUCUGAAUGCUGAAGAGCUAGAGCACCUGAAAAGCGAGAAGAUGUUCCCCUUGGAGACUCGUCGAACCCUUCGGCGAGCACAACUAAUGUCGCAGAAAUGGUUCAGACGUGAAGAUAUGAGCUUUCACGGAAGUAACACCUCUAGUCUACAUAGCCAAAAUACCAACAUGGGAAACUUGAAUGAUGUCAAUGUUGACCAAAUGGACAGUUCUAGUGCCAGAAGGAAGCCAUUCUUGGAUACCGAUAGAGCUCUUGUUGAUAUGGAAAGUGGUGAAUUGAAAUUUCAAAUAAAUGGUGAGGAAGUUACUUUCAACGUUUAUAAAUUGAUGAAGCAACCAAAUGACCUCCAUGUUAUAUCGGUCAUUAACGUGAUUGAUGAAGCGAUUGCAAGUGUGAAUGAAAUUUCAAGUAUGGGUGAAUUAUUGGCUACUGUGUUGUUGAAAAUUGAUAGGAAAAAAAUCCACAAUUAUGAUGAAGUUGUGGCUGCUCUUUCGGGUCUUGGGUGA